AUGGUGAGCUUCUCAAAUUCAGAGGAGCAGGAGAUAUUUGAGCGUGUAUUUGCCGAAAUUCCUUCGUUAAUCAAGGAUAAGUGUGACGGCUACGAUGAGUUAUACGGCUACAAGUUGAACCCUGACGACGAAGAUGCUACAGCCUCAGCAUUCUACAAAAAGAAUGUUGCUGAGGCAUUGAUACUCAAAUUGUGCAAGGCUUAUAGGUUUCAGCAUGAGGAGAUCGUCAGCAACUUUGUCAAAAUCAUGAAAUGGAGAUCUGAAUUUAACCCUCUAAGUGCAGCCUUCUUGGAAUCACACAAUAAAGAAUUACAGGAGGUUGGUAUUCUUGCCUCAUAUCCUGAAGGCGAACCAAACAACAGGGUUGUGACGUGGAAUCUUUAUGGGCAUUUAGUAAAGAAGAAGCAUUUAUUCAAGGACGCUGACAAGUUCGUUCGUUACAGAAUUGGGCUUAUGGAAAGGGGCUUACGUCUCCUAGACUUUCUUGACAGUGAAAAUGACUACAUGACCCAGGUACAUGAUUACAAAGGAGUUUCUGUGUUACGCAUGGACAGUGACAUCAAGAAAUGCACCAAGCAGAUCAUUGCUAUUUUCCAACAAAACUAUCCUGAACUGUUAUUCGCUAAGUACUUUGUGAACGUUCCUACGCUUCUUCAAUGGUUUUACGAUAUAGUGAAGGCCUUUGUUGAUAAGGAGACUAUGAAGAAGUUUGUUGUGUUGAAUGAUGGGUCCAGGCUGGGAAAUUACUUACAACAUUGCCCAAAGAAUCCGUAUGGUGGUUUAGACGUCAAGAACACAUUGCAGGAAGAAAACGUUGCAGAGGUUAGGCCCACCGAGUAUGCGCUUUACCUCCUUGAGAAGCAAAAUAACGAGGAUAUCGAUUGA